AUGUCCCAUUGGAUCAGACAAGAAUUGUACGGCGGUGCCAUCAGCACCGUCAUUCCCAAGACGUUUCUUGAUGCUUCAAUGCUAAGGCAAGUACCAGACACACAGGAAGUGUUCGUGAAUAGCAGACGUGAGAAUGAACCUAGUGAGGAUGGGCUCGGGUUCGAUGAAAGUGUGAUCGUAGACCUAAUGCAGCGUGUGGAAGAGAAUAAUGACAGAAAAGCGUUAGAUAUCCAUUUGGCAGAAAUUUCAGAACUCAACGGAUCACAGAAAUGGACAGUAAUUGACCAUCAAGAGCAAACGGAACUCAAAUCACAGACAUGUAUCGUUGUUGAGACCGCAUACAAGUGGGGCAAACAAUCGAUGAAGGAAACCGUAGUAAUGUGUGUUGCAUUGCUCAGGUUGGAUCAAUUCGAUACCGACGUCAUCAUUUCUGUUCACGUGCCUAUCUCAUCGGAACAAGAACUGAAGGCCAUGGAACAGGCAAUUGCGCAAAACUCACCGGAAAAGCUACCUCAAAGGGUGCACGCGUCCUAUUCGUUGCUUCGGGACAUGAUCUCGAGCUUCAAAGUGGAGGAUCCAUCGUUAUUUGCAUGA